GAAGAAGAGGAGGAAGAAGAAAGAAGGGAUAAGAAGAGAGGAAGAGGAGCGAGGGACAGUGGGAGAAAGUGAAGGAUUAACGGUGGAUGGAGGCGGCUCGGACCGGGGCUACGGAGUGCUCUUCAUUGACGAAGAAGAAGAAGAACAGCGGCAGCAGCGGGGGGGGAGAAGAGAUGGAGGCGAAAGGCAGAAACAUGCCCCCAGAUAUUAGUUUCCUUCCUCGCCCAGCGAUGGUGUGGUGCGAGCGGGGCAUCCAGGUGCUGCUGACCACCAUGGGGGCGUUCGCGGCCUUUGCCCUAAUGACGGUGGCCAUCGGCACAGACUACUGGCUGUACGCCCGCGCCUUCAUCUGCAACAGCACGGCCAACUCGUCCCAGGACGACUCCAACAACAAAGACAAGAAAGACCCUGGGGCACUCACCCACUCCGGCCUCUGGAGGAUCUGCUGCCUGGAAGGCUUGAAGCGAGGUGUGUGUUCCCAGAUCAAUCAUUUCCCAGACGACGCAGACUACGACCAAGAUUCUGCAGAGUAUCUGCUGCGUGUGGUGCGAGCCUCCAGCAUCUUCCCCAUCCUCAGUGCCACACUGCUCCUGCUUGGUGGAGUGUGUGUCGCUUCCAGCAGCUUCUACAAGAGCAAAAGGAACAUCGUUCUAGGUGGAGGGAUUCUCUUUGUCGCCGCGGGCCUCAGCAACAUCAUCGGAGUGAUUGUGUACAUCUCAGCAGCCCUGAGCGACAUCUCCCCCAAGAAAGACGAGGACAAGAAGUGGCACUACUCCUACGGCUGGUCCUUUUACUUUGGCGGCCUGUCCUUCAUCCUGGCCGAGAUGGUUGGUGUCCUCGCUGUCAACAUCUACAUCGAGAAGAACAAGGAGCUGCGCUGCCGCUCUCGCACCGACCUCUUCAAGAGCACCACGCACGCCGUGCUGCGACUGCCCAGCUACCGUUUCCGACGACGCUCCCGCUCCAGCUCGCGUUCCACCGACCCGCCGCGCUCGCAGGAGACCUCGCCCAUUGGCACGUCCAAGACCUUCAGUCUGCCACCAUCUGCUCCACCCUUCUCUGUGGCCACCCUGCCCAACCCGCACCACUCCAGCAGCGGCGGAAGCGGAGGAGGCGGCGACAUCUCCAUGUACACCCUGACGAGGGAUUCCAAGCUGGGCAGCCUCGGAGGCGGCGCCCCACCUCUCUACGGCACAGUGGACCGCGCCACUAUGUACCAGCUCCACAACUACUUCCCAAAAGAUUCCAGUGGCAGUGGCGGAGGAGGAGGAAGUGGAGGGGUGAUAAGCAGCGGCACACUCCCAUCUCACUCCAAGUCCAAUUUGGCGGCAGCAACGGCUGUAGCCCAGAAUGCAGCACCGCUGAAUACCUCCACAUCAGCCGCCCCACCGGCCCAGCCGGCUCCGAUAUCUACAGCCACCAUGGAGAGGGACCGGGGGAACAUGGGAACCCUGGACCGACUGACGGCCAAAAGGGACCGGGAUAGCAACUCAGAUACUCUCAACAGGAAAACUACACCAGUUUAAAACAAAGCUUCAGAGAGGAGGGAGAGAGUGUUGAAAUAAAAGAGACGUUAGAGAUAUCACAGUUGAAAGAGAGGAAGAGUAGGGCUGAAAAUGCGUGGGUGACACUUCAACGGUCAUGUUUCUGUCCUUGAGCCUGGGGUAUCUAGCUGCCAUAAUUACUUACCAAUAUCAUUAACAGUCAUAGAACACCUGACAUUAUGUGCAAAUUCAUGACGACUGCCUUAAAAUGGUCAUGACUUUAGCUUCAAAACCUUGUUUGCAAGUCAAUUGCACAGCAAUGGUGCAGUGGAGGCUUCGGCACAAAGGAAUUGUUUUGGUGCACAUGGACAACUGGGAGCUUUCCACUAAAACCAGUCUCCCAGUGAAGCAUUUGGGGGUUAAGUGCCUUGCUGAAGGAGAGGCUGGGGAGCUCAGUAGUUAUUUAUUAUACCCUUCUUCAUUUUAUCAACUGCGAGAAGGAACUCCCAAGCUUUGAUUUUGUAAUUUAUAAGUCUAAAGACAUCACCGUUCAAACUGAAUCUGGUUUUAAAAGUAAACUUCUUUUAAACACAUCCAGACGUCCAGUUUGAAAACCACCAAAUCAAUGCUUCCUGGUAUUCUAAAACACUUUAAAGCAUCAUGAAUAAUAAAAUAGUUUCCAGAUGGUAUAAGCCACAACUCUGUUACAUUACCGUGUUCAAAAAGAACAGAGAGCCACAGACGGGUACAUUCAGCCAAGUAACAAGCUGCUCAGUAAUCAGUUGACUGCCAAUUUAAGGGCAAGGUCAACAGUAGCUACUUAAUCUCAGCCAUAUCUAACCUACUGACACACACACGCCAGAGCCUAUUUAUUUUUCAUUGUGUGUCAAAGGUAAUUACAGUGACAGAUGGCCAUUCUCCACACUCCUAGAGAGAGGCACAGCCAUAGACUUAAAGCUUCACCCUGUACGCCUCCGUUACACCACUGCCAGUUGUCACAGUUUGGUGAAACACUGCAACAAAUGUCCAUCUGAACAAGUAACUUCAUCUGACGAUAAAGUCCUCAAGAAAUAUUAGCUGAAUUCUGGCCAAAUGGAAGUAGACUACUCUUCUUGUGCCUCGACAAAAGGAAUGUCUGGUCUCGAGCAACAUUAAGAGGUUGUUAACACAGGUAUGGUGGCCUGCAAUGGACACAAAUAUAACAGCAGCUACCUGCAAAGUUAAUAAAUCGUAUUGCAAGAUUACUCGUAAAUUCCACCAAUCGUAAUUUUGUAAACGGCUGCAAAAAAAAAAUGGUUUAAAACCCAGAAAUCAGAAGCUGAUCAAGUAAUUAUUUGACCACUGGUAUUGAUCAUCACUGUGUCAUCAGACAGUAGAGAUGUUGCUAAAUGCACCUUCAAAGGUCAAUGGAAGUACUUGUAAAGAUGGACUUUUACGCAUACUAUGUGACGUUUAAUUGGCUAAAUUGAUUCCAGGGUUUGUAUGACUGUUUAUGAAGGUAAUUUUAUACCAAAGGCUACAAGGCAGCAUCCGUUGAGUGUUCCUGCAAAGGGCUGCAACCACAGGCAACAGGGUGGGGGUCAAUUCAGUUUACAAUUGGGGGGGGGGGGGGGG